AACAGACCGAUAGUAAUUUGAUGUGAUUCAUAAAAUUAGGCAGUUUCAGCACCUUCUCCUGUUCCUCUGUUUCUGUUGUGUGAAGGAAGACUCUACAAUGCUCUCUCGUUUUAUCUCCAAAUCCUUGCAUCUCCGACUGUUCACCCUACUUUCCCCCGAAACCCAUGUCUUAAACCCUAAAUCCUCAUUUCCACAUUUCUUACUCAACAACUCAUGUUUCUUCUCCACAGGUAACAACAAUGGCAAAGAUUCGGACUAUGAGCGAAUAGAUAACCAAGUUCUUCAUGAUGGGUCUUGGGCAAAAGAACAAGGUUUUAAACCUUGGAAUUUUGAUAUGGAGGGGAAAGAAGAGCGACUGUUUGAUGUUGGAGAAGAGGUUAAUGUAGGAACUGAAAUGAAGGGUUUUCAAGUUGAGAAAAAGUUUCUUCAAUCGGAAGAGAAAGCUCUUAAAGGUUCUUGUACGAAUGAAUUCACAAUCAAAAAGAGUGCAAAUCCCUCGGUAAGGGUGUAUUCAGAAGAAGUUUUGGAAAUAGUUGAGAUAAUCAGGGGUGGUGGGCAGAAUGUGAGGCAACAGUUAAUUUUGGUGGCUUCAAAACUAUCGUUCAAGUGUGUCGUAGAGAUAUUUGACCUUUUGAAUGAACAAAGAAUAUCUGGAUUGAAGUUCUUUAAUUGGCUUCGGGACUCACAUCCUGAAUUUCACCGCAGUGCUUAUGUCAAUAGUCUGAUUAUUUGUAAUUGUGGAUGGUUAGAUGACUAUAAAACAAUGUUCUCUUUGUUGGAGGAGUUUAAGACUGAACAAACUUGUUUGACUGACAAGGCUUUUGGGUUCUUAACUGUAUUUGGAUCUUGUAAGGAUUCAUUGAUGAAUUCGACAAAGAAAGUGGUUGAUAUGCUAAUUGAGGUUGGAGGAUCCUGCUGUGGUUCUGGUGUUUACGGAUUAAUCGAGAUGUUUUGUAGUUUGGACUUGUUCGAAAUGGCAACAUUUGUAAUAGAGAUCACCGAAAGAACAGCUUCUCGCUACAAUAUUUUGAUCCGUAAAAGGUGUCGGGCAGGCCAAAUUGAAAAAGCACGAGCAAUUAUCGAAGAGAUGUCUGAAUUUGGUUGUUCUCCUAAUACCAAGUCAUAUAAUUACCUGCUUGGCUCAUUGUGUAAGAAUGAUAAGCUGGAAGAUGUGCGUAUUGUGCUCGAAGAAAUGAGAAAUAAGGGUCUCAAUCCAGAUGCGAUUACUUUUGAAACUUUAGUAUAUCAUUUAUCUAGUCGUGGUCAGGUUGAGUUUGCCUCUGAAUUUAUGAAUUUGAUGGUAAAUGUGAAUGUGAAACCACGUUCUACUACUCAUGCUGCGUUUCUUAAAGUUUUGCUUGAAGCAGGAGAGCGUGAGAAAGCAUAUAAGUAUGUGAUUGACAUGAGUGCCAAGUAUAACCACAGUGUAAAUACACUAUACAGCUUGCUUGUGAGGCUUAAUCAGAAGAAAGGAGACAUUAUGGCUGCUCAAAACAUUCUCAAUGAAAUGAUUGACAAGGGUCUAAAGCCAGACUUUGGAAUUUUCAUUAAAUUUGUAAAGCAGCUUGGGAAGACUAGAAGGAAAAGUUUGGCUCGAGAUCUUAAGAUGAAAUACUCGGUUUUCUAUUGUAGUACAAAAGCUAACAAUUCUUUAUCCAAUUCGUUUGUCCCAUGACAAGGUUGAAUGCAUAUCUCUAGCUGGUUUGUCUACGGAAUAAAGAUAAGGAGUGUGCAUUAUUUGAUUUUAAUCGAAAAGGUGACCGAAAAAUAUUUUAGUUGUAAGUUCCUGUUUCACUUUUUGCUCUGCAUACAAUGCCCCUCUUAGUUUUCAACUUCAAUCCUAUAUCUGCUUUCCAGUUUGUCUUCACGGUAUCAACUCCAGCCUCCGUUGCCUCUGUACAUUGUCUCUCCUCUCCUCAGCCUCUACCAAUAUCACCUAUGUUACAUCUCCCAAGCCCAAUUGGUUUGGCCACCUGAAUUGCCAUCCUGCAUUCCUUCCUUUUGGAUUCUGGUUCUUCUCAAUGAUUACAAGCAAAUCUGUGGUUGCUGGGAGGCCAGGAAGCCAUGGUUAAUUGAAAAAAUAGAGGUUGCACCUCCUUAAGUGGAGUUCAUCUUGAAGAUCAUGUUCGGCUCCCUGUGGAUCACACUAUUUUUUACUUCUGGAAAGCAAAGGUUUUGCUAGAGUCCUGCUUCUGGUCUGUACACUAUUAUGGCUUGACGUUUGUGAACAUGUGACAAGAUCCUUCGAAGCUUCAUGAUAAGAAAAUCCACUAACUAUACAAUUACAAAUUGAAGAGAGAAGUUGUAACGAAAUUUAACAGCUCUUUAUAGCAAAAGUGUGACGUAUUAACUCUAUACUUUCGGCAGAGGAAGUACCAUAUUAAGGUCGCCUACCGGGAGGUGAAGUCAUCAAUGUCUCUGGGAGGGGUUCAGUGUGUCACAAUUCUGCUAACCCUAAGGGUUAUACUAUUGACACACAGGAAUACAAGGAGAAAGAAAGCCUCAGAAUGUUCUACUCAAAGCCAACCUUUGCACUCUGUUUAUGAUCUUUGGAUUGAAUGGAGUGCUAGGCUCUAUCAGAAGGGGGAGAGCUUAAAACUACUCUAUGUAUUAGAGUCUGACAAAAUGUCUUGCAGAGUAUGUUGUCAUUUUUAAUUAGCUCAAUACUCCAUCUGUAUCAAUUUGCUUGUCUUACUUUUCUUUUUAGUCCGUUUAAAAAGAAUGUCUCUUUCCUUUUUUGGUAA